CUAGGAUUUAUUUUGCCUGCGAACCGGGCGGGUUGCUAAGCUCCAGGGGGCUCGCCCGGACGCCAAGGGGGCAAGGGGUUUGAAACUCCGGUUGCUACAAGAGUGGUUAAGACAGCUGAUAGAUCACUUGCCACGAGCCCCAUCUUGCGAUGGAUGGCAGCCGCAAGCGAGCGUGGACGCCCGCCGAGGACGAAAAGCUACGGACCGCGGUCGCGGUGGGCCCCGUGAAGUGGGCGAGCGUCGCGCAGGCCGUCGGCACGCGCAACGCGAAGCAGUGUCGGGAGCGGUGGCACUAUAACCUCAACCCCGAAAUAAAGAAGGGCCGCUGGACCGCGGAGGAGGACGCGCUCAUCGCUGCGCUGCCACACGGCGACUGGGCGAGGGUCGCCAAGGCGCUCCCGGGCCGCACCGACAUGGCGAUCAAGAACCGCUACCACACGCUCUCAAAGCGCAAGCGCUCGGCCGCGCGCCCCGGGGCCGGCGGGAGCGCGCCGGCGGCCGCACGCGCGGCCAAGCGGGGCCGCGGCGCCCCGCGCGUAUUGCCGCCGCCGCCGCCGCGGGCGGCGCCGCCGCGCACAUCGCCGCCGCGCGUCGCGCGCGGCGGCCCCGCGCGAUCGACGUCGAGCCCCGAGCUCUCGGCGCUCUGCGACGUCGCCGGCGGUGCAGAAUUCAACCAGUGGUCCGCGCCGACCGAGGAUGGGAGAUUUACACGUCACCUUUCCACACAAUCGGCCUAUUCGAACUCAUUUGAUUUCCGCACAGGUCGCCGGUGUUGCACUGGGCGACGACGCCGCACGGCCGGAGUCCUGCUCGCCCGAGCUUCUCCGCGUCUGGGCCCGCGCGGCCGACCUCGGCACGCCGGAGCCCCCGGAGCACCGGCGCGCCGCGUCGGCCGCGUCGGCGCUCUCGGCGCUGAGCCGCGCGACGACUGCGCGGCUUACGCCAGUUGCGCCGUGCGGCGGGCCUUUGAGCUCGCCCGAGCUCGGCGCCGCCUUCGGUGUGCUCCCACCCCCACCUAGUCCUCCGAGACUCCCACCUAGCGCGGCGACGGCUGGCGCAGACGUCGCGCACGGCUAUUUGCAACGCGAGGGCGCCGGCGGCCCGGGGUAGUGGCCACACCGCUAUAAUGUCCGUCAGCUCA